UCAUCCAGAGGGCGGGGCGGACCAAACGGCAACGGCCGUGGCCAUGGUGGUGGACCUAAGAAGGGAAACAAACACACCAUCGGCAAGAAACACAGCAAGGUGAGUGCCAAAGGCACCACUGGAACAGACAGAGAUGUGCAUCGCACCCACCAAAUGAGUGAGGAUAGCGAGAAGCGAGCAAGAGCAGCACACAGCGCUGAUGGGAAUGGGUUCGAUAGGCCUGAUCAGCCUAACGUGGCUCAGGACAUCAGAAUGCCCACAGCUGUAGCUAGGAUUCCCUCAGUUGUGCAGUGCAAUGUCGCAGCUGAUGCUCACGCUGACGCUGUCGAUGCUCUUCAUAUACAUGAUGAGGCACUGCUUGACUCAGGCUGCAGCUGGCAUGUCUUCACUUCUCCUGAUUUCUUUGUGCACCUCAGGCCGCUCCCACCAGCAACCAGCCAACUCAAGGUGGCCAACGGGGCAAAGGUGGCUAUAGAGGGCGAGGGCGAGGUGGCCCUUAGGGUCAACCUGAAGCCAACAAACAGGACAAAACGCCUGUACAAGGGCACGAUGCCAAAGACGCACAUAGUGCGAUUGACGAAUUGUCUGUAUGUGCCUGACCUGAAGUACAAUUUGCUCUCAGUCAGCGCACUCGAGGACGAAGGAUACAAUACACGCAUGGAUAGCCGCACUGUGUACAAAGAACCAUACACACAUUCAUUUGUGCGGAAGGGGAGGCUCUACAUGCUUGGUGUGUCACCUGCUGCUCACGCGGACAGGGCGACCAACGAAUGCACCACACGAGAGGCGCCUGCAGCUGCUCACGCGGCCAGGCCGCAAGACGCUACCUAUCCUGUGUGUAAGGAGAAGGAAGAAACGAAUGGGAAGUCAAUGACAGGCAUCAUAAAUGCAGUCAGCAAGUGCCGUUCCUAUUUCUCGAAGUGGUGUGCUGACCGGUCAGGUUCCACCUUUCUCGGUUUCACAUUCUCGAGAGGUUUCGGUGCUGGUCGCACCGAUGCCCCAGGUCGGGGUCAGGACAGCCCAGGGCGGGCUGAGGUGACUUGUUGCCACUGCAAUGCUCCCCAUGUGAAACCGCCUACAGACCAACGUUUCCUGCACACAAAGAAAGGAACGAUUGAUCUCUGGCAACCACACACAAUGCAUGACUGUCAGGUGUGCGGCAAGAGAUUCAGUAACAGGUGUACCGACUCUUGGACGCAUUCCAGACUCCCACCAGCCUGCCGCGGAUCUGCUGAGUCAAGGGCAACCUGCUGGUGUUGUCGAGGCUUCAGAUCAGCCCGAUGCUGCUGGUCCCUCUUGCUCGACGGACGAAUCGGAUCGACACACGCCAGACGAUCCACAAACACACAAUGGCCAUCCUGCAGGACAAACAAAGCAACACAUCGGCCAUGAUCCGUUUGCAUCUCCUGUGCAGUCUGAUGUGCAGAUACCUGUUCCACCCGAGGAGGGAGAUCCAACAU